AUCGCGGUGUGCGGGUCAUCGCGUAAAAAUGUGACCCACACGUAUAACGAGACUAAACACCGAUCGCCACAAACGUCUUAACCGAAAUCCGAUGUAACCGAAUCGACAAAUCUAGCCUCCGUCAAUUAUCGUAAUUAAUUGUCUUAGUUAAGGGUGCGUUCUGCAUUUUACGUGACUCGCGACCUCUCGAAUUGAUUUGCAGUGCCUAUAUAAUUAAUAUUGAUAAUUUGUAAAAGAUUAUUUUUUGAUUUGUGUUUUGCAGUGCAAUUGUCGAGAGCAAAGAAUUUCGUAAGAAAAAAUUGAAUGUGGACAACCCAACAUAAGAAAGGGCAAGAAGGACAACUUGUCGGUUGUCGGCCAAAAAUUGAGGUAACCUGGCGUCCGCCGCGUUGGCCGACGUCGCCGUCAAGCUGAAGCACCAUCUGCACUUCCACCGUCAAACCAACCACCAGCACCACCACCAACAUCACUCUCAAUACACCCUCCACCACCAGUACUAUCCGCAGCACCACGACUACGACUUGCUGGUGGUCGACUGCAACGACGACGCCCUCCUCAUGGACGACGACGAAGGCGGGGGUGGCACCGUUCCUGCUACGGCCGCCUGGAACUGCAGCGUCCAUCCGAGUGUUUUCUUCCUUUUGGGCACGCUCGUGCUGACCACGUGCGCCACGGGGAUGCUGUGCGCGGCCAUUAUGACCGACCAUUGGGAGGAGGUAACUUGGGACCGGCACUAUUUGGAGGUGCUCUCGAAUGGUACGGUGCGACUGCAAUGGCUGUUGGAUAGAACGGUGGCGAGGAUCUCCACGAACGAUCUAAGAGAUAAAACUGUCGCGUUCUUGGUGCCGAUGCACGGUGGAAUAUGGACAUUAUGCGUCAGUCUCACAGACGAGGAAAUCGGUUUGUUAGGCCGCAUGGGUUUCCCAUCUGUUCAACCCUGCGUUAAUUAUCUCUCUGGCGGAAUAGAUGGUAUCAAAGGUUACGAACCGCGGGCCGACUGGCAACACAGUCCUAGCUUCGUGAUGAACAACAGAAUGCAAAACUUAUCGAUUUCGUGCGCCCUCGUCUGCUUGAUAAUAUUGGGAAGUGCUGCGCUUGUGGGUGCCUUUGGAGUCUUUCAACAUCAGAUCAGCGCAGUUUUAGUCACUGGAGUCAUGUAUUUACUCGCAGCAUCAUUUGCACUAUUCACCCUGACAAUAAUUCACUUCAAACGACUACACAGUCGUCCGCAAACGGAGGAGGGCUUCGAUGGUACGGUGGACGGUGUCGUCAGUCCACACGGGGGCAGAGGCGUGCACGACUUGUUGGCCGCUCGUGUUUUCACCACCUCGUGGUCUCUAGACCUAGGUUGGGGCGGCGUCAUGCUAUGCGUUAUGACGUCCGUGUUAUGGAUUUUACUCAGUAAGAUCAUGCGAUUCAAUCCUAUUUCUAGCAUGAUUCACUGAUGGAAAUUUUAUUAAUAUCUGUUGAUCAUGAUCCAAAAAUCUAAGCACAAAAAACGAUGUCUUCAUUCAUUCAACUAAUUCAAAACCCACAUCAUAAAAUCACACAAAACGUAUGAAAAUCAAACUAAUAAAAUUGCUUUGUUGAUAGCUGUGUGUUAAGAGAACAAACACAAAAGCACAACUUGUUCCAAUCACUAAAUUUCAUUUUAAAAUAUAAGGCUGAAUUACUACUACUUUACAUAACGCAUCUUUGUUUAUAUGAUAGUAGAAUUGCCGUCCAUAUUAAUUCAUUGAGCCUUAGAAAGCGAAAAAAACAUGAAAAUUAAUAAAGCACGAACUGAUUUCACCGGUUCAGUUUUUUAAACUGGGAGCAAAUUGCGAACUAUGCCUUUUUAAAAUAAUAUAGACGAUAAAACUUAAUAUUUUAUAUGUAUACCAUUGCUGCUGAUUUUUGGCUUGAGCGUAUGUGUAUAUAUUUUUUGCAAUCAAUAAACUAUUGUAAAAGUCUAA